AUGGCUUUUUUAAGUAAUGACAAUAAAGACAUUGCUCAGCCGAUGGAACUUUCUUUUUUUGCAUCACCAACAAAUCAAGUAGCAGUGGAAAAAGUCUACUUUACGGAAGCAAGACCAAUAUCUAGCAUAGGGGUGGCUGAUACCCCAAUCGAGAUUGUAGUCUCUGGUUCUGGAGCUGAAUAUAUCGAUUUAAAAAGACGUAAAUUAUACGUGAAAGCCCGGAUUUUAAAAGCAGACGGUAAUGCCUUAGCAGCAAAUGAAAAAACAGGAAUCAUAAACUUGCCUUUGCAAAGUAUGUUUUCUCAGAUGGAUGUUUAUUUAAACAACAAAUUGGUCUCUUUCAAUACCAACAACUAUCCUUGGAAGGCUUAUUUGAAAACUGUUCUGUUCAGUGGAGAAGAAGAAUUAUCCUCACAGAAGCAAUCAGAGUUAUAUUUUAAAGAUGAGGGAAAUCUUGCAGACCCAAAUGCUUACAAUGGAAGGAAUUCCGGGCUAGUAUUGCGGUAUGGCUAUACACAACAGAGUCGUGUUUUUGAGCUUGAGGGAAACUUAAUGGAGGACAUAUUUGAUAUAGAUAAAUACCUGAUCAAUGGAGUAGAUAUCUAUAUCAAACUAUUUAGAUCCAGUGCCCCCUUUUUAAUUAUGUCUGAUGCCACCACUCCGGCAUACAAACUCGAAUUACUUGACGUUGUGUAUAAAGUAGCCAAAGUACGAGUAGAUCCAGGCGUUCUACUAAACCACAGUACACAGUUGGAGUCAACCCCUGUAAAAUACAUUAUUUCCAGAAAUGAACUAAAAAUGAACACUAUUCCUAAAGGAUCUACUGAGUUUUACUGGGACAAUAUAUUUCCACAGGCAGUACCUUAUCGUAUCGUUAUAGGUCUGAUUGACCAAAAAGCUGUAAACGGUGAUUAUACAGCCAAUCCCUUCAAUUUUGAGCAUUUUAACGUAUCCGAUGUCGGAGUAUACGUAAACGGCGAAAGCGUGCCAGGACGACCUUUAAAGACAGAUUUCACAGCGGGACAUUUUUUGUCGGCCUAUACCCGAUUAUUUGAAGCAUCGGGAAAGUGGAAUAAGGAUGCAGGGCUGGUUAUAAGUCGGGAGAACUUUAAGGCCGGGUAUUCUCUUUUUGUUUUUACUAUUGAUCCAUGUGGAUUUGGUGAAGAAUAUUUAAACCUAAUUCGACGAGGAAACACCAGACUUGAACUGAAAUUCAAACAAGCAACAACUAAAGCUGCCAAUGUGUUGGUAUUAGCAACAUUUUCAUCUCUGCUAGAAGUUGACAAAUCACGUGAAAUCAACUAUAUCCAGCCAUGA